CAACGCUUCCAUCACUUCCGGAAUAAACGCGACGGCCGGCGCGAGCGAGCGCGCGCAGUAAACAGCGACGUAGAAAUAAACACAUCAAUAACCGCUUUUUGUUCAUCGCGUCGAGCUAUUUUGUUUCCUGCUAAACGUUUAAAUUGGAGGAGGGGAGUGUGACUGAAGCAGCCAAAGAAUAAGGAUAUCUCUUCCUGAUUCCCAGGUGUCAGAGCAAGAAGCUGAGCAGGACAUAGAAAUGGAACAGGAGGUUGCCCUAUCACCCUGUAGGUUUGCCUAAAAAAAGCAGAAAGACGCAUUAUUAACUUCAUAUACUGGAAAGAGAAAGUGGCAAAUAAGAUCUUGUAAAAAAGGCGAAACGCAAUACGCACACUCCGAGAAAAAUAAAGACCAAUACAAGGAUGAAGUUGAAAGAAGAAAUGUCCCCUCUCCUGCUGAAGGUUUUUCAAUCUGUGGUUUGGGUUUAUUCAGUCAUCACUUUUAUACCGUGGUACCUGUUCUCAGGGGACAUUGGGAAUCAGGCCCGAGCCAAACGGCUAAAAGCACGUUCAGUAAGCGGGAAACCUGCUGGGCCGUACCGAGCAGUGAACAGCCAACAUCGACUGGUGUCCCAGUUUCACGUGGGCGUGGACACUUUAGAUAAAGCAUUUGAAUAUGCCGUAGUCAACUUUCCUACAAGAGACUGUCUCGGCACUAGAGAGCUGCUGAGCGAAGAGGAUGAAAUUCAGCCUAAUGGCAAAGUCUUCAAGAAGGUGAUUUUGGGCGAUUAUAACUGGCUGUCAUAUGAGGACACUUUCUGUCUGUCACAGAGGUUUGGUAGCGGUCUGGCAGCGCUCGGUCAGAAACCCCUGUGUAACAUCGCCAUUUUCUGCGAGACGCGUGCAGAAUGGAUCAUAGCGGCGCAGGCCUGUUUCAUGUACAACUUUCCAUUGGUUACCUUGUAUUCAACACUGGGUGGUGCAGCAAUAGCUCAUGGUCUGAAUGAGACUGAAGUCACUCACAUCAUAACAAGCAAAGAUCUGCUGCAGAGCCGCCUCAAGGCGAUUCUGAUGGACAUUCCCAGACUGAUGCACAUAAUAUUGGUUGAUGAGAAAUCCAGCAGCUGGCCUGAUCUGCCCCGAGGUAUCAUGGUCCAUAACAUAGCAGCUGUGCAGGAACUUGGGGCCAAACCUCAAAACAUCGCGAUCACCCGCAGGCAGCCAGUUCCGACUGAUAUCGCAGUCAUCAUGUAUACCAGCGGCUCUACGGGCAUUCCUAAAGGAGUCAUGAUCUCCCAUAGCAACGUCAUCGCGGCCAUCACCGGCAUGGCCGAACGCAUCCCGAACCUGGAUGAGAAUGACACCUAUAUUGGCUACCUGCCCCUCGCUCAUGUCCUGGAGCUCAGCGCCGAGCUGGUGUGCGUGACGCACGGCUGUCGCAUCGGAUAUUCAUCACCUCAGACGCUUGCUGACCAGUCAUCUAAAAUUAAAAAGGGCAGUAAAGGAGACACAAGCGUCUUGAAACCAACGCUGAUGGCAGCUGUACCUGAGAUUAUGGACCGCAUCUAUAAGAACGUCAUGACUAAAGUUGAGGGGAUGAGCAAAGUCCAAAAAACGCUUUUUGUUCUGGCGUACAACUACAAGAUGGAGCAGAUCUCUAAAGGAUACAGCACGCCACUGUGUGACAGGUUGGUGUUUAACAAGGUUCGCUCAUUGCUAGGCGGUAAAACGCGCGUGCUGCUGUGCGGUGGAGCUCCUCUGUCUGCAGCGACUCAACGGUUCAUGAACAUCUGCUUCUGUUGUCCUGUGGGUCAGGGCUACGGCCUCACCGAGACCUGCGGCGCCGGGACCAUCUGCGAAUUCGCUGACUACAGCACUGGACGGGUCGGAGCUCCUCUGGUGUGUUCGGAGAUCACUCUUAAAAACUGGGAGGAAGGUGGAUAUUACAACACAGACAAACCAAAUCCACGAGGAGAGAUUCUGAUUGGUGGGCCAAACGUCACCAUGGGUUACUAUAAGAACGAGCAGAAAAACCGGGAAGAUUUUUGUGUGGAUGAGAACGGCCAACGUUGGUUCUGCACCGGAGACAUCGGAGAGUUUCAUACUGACGGCUGCCUCAAGAUUAUCGACCGUAAGAAGGAUCUAGUGAAGUUGCAGGCUGGUGAAUAUGUGUCACUUGGGAAAGUGGAGGCCGUCAUGAAAAACUGUUCACUUGUUGACAACAUCUGCGCUUACGCCAACAGUGACCAGUCUUAUGUGAUUGGGUUUGUGGUGCCCAAUCAGAAGCAGUUAACCGCCCUCGCCCAGCAGAGAGGCAUCAGAGGAUCAUGGGAAGAGAUCUGUAACCAUCCAGAGAUGGAGAAAGAAGUUCUGCGUAUCAUCACAGACGCUGCUUUAACAGGUAAGCUGGAACGCUUCGAGAUCCCAAAGAAAAUUUGCCUGAGCGCCGAACCCUGGACGCCCGAAACCGGCCUGGUCACAGAGGCCUUCAAACUCAAACGCAAGGAACUGAAAUCACACUAUCAGGACGAUAUCGAGAGGAUGUACGGCCGCAAGUGAAUAAAACCCAGGGUCGGCCAACGAAGUGAUCGAGGGUUGAAACACUCCAUACCUAUAUAUGUCUAUAUAUAUACAGAAAACAUCUACAAUCCUCUGGCUUCCUGCUCCCUGUGAUACUCCACGAUCAAAACAGGGACACACUUGAAUAUGGUUUGAGGCCAGAUUCCAGACCAAAACAAACAGAGGGAACAGGUGACACCUGCCGGUGCAGGUACAAAAUAACAGAAAGUUUACUACUCGACUGUUGUGAUCAUUUAACGUUGUUAUGAAAAUGAACCACAAGAGUGACUCUCCUCCCGGAGGACAUUCGGAAUCCACAUAUACUGCUUCUUUCUGAUUGGCUUGACAUGCCAAAAUUUUUAGCGAAUUUUGCGGUCCAUGCAGGGAAACAUUUUACACAUUGGUGAUAUGUUUUGUUUCUUUUAUUAGUUCAGACUUUUUUAUUGAGGUUUAUAUGUUUGGAUUGUGAGCAUCAAAUGCUUCAUAAUGCAUCUGUUACAAUGUUACUUUUCCUUAAACUGAACUUCAUUUGUGUUUUUUGUACUUUGAACCUCCGUUUCUUUUGUUCACCUGUAUCCAGAGGCUAUUACAGUCGGCCUGUGCACAAGUUACUAAGAGUUAAUCUGCGCAUUGAGGACCUCACGAAGAGCGUGAGAUUUUGUAAUAGGAGGAGAUUUAAUCCGGAUGAUAAACUGUGCAAAUGUAGCAUAUAGAGCUGUUAUAACUAUCCGGUUAAGAGUGAUUUAACCCUUCACAAGCAUUAACAAAAAUGCACAUCAUCAGUAGUGUCUUUUUGGAUUAAAGCUUUUUGUCGCUCGCAUCCAUUCAUGCAUCGGAUAUUUCUUUGAACUCCAUUUGUAUGAAUUUGUAAAGCCUAUAAACGUUUUCUUUUUUAAAUUUUCAUGUGAUCUUUUGUUGUCAGCCAUCGUGUUGCAUGCAAGUUUUUGCAGGGGAACAAUUACGUGUUAGAUCAGUGUUAGAGAGAGAUGUCAAAGCAGUGCAGUAGUUUGGCCUUCAGACCCUUUUAAGGUCAGUUCAUUGGAUGAUUAAGCAUUAAGUUGUGAUAUUGUUAUUGUGGGAACAGAUUUGUGACAUCGAAGAGGAAAGGUAGAAUUUGAAUGUGCAAUAUAAAUAUGAGAUGUAUGAAAUGAAAGGCACAGUUCAGCUCUGUUGUAAGCAUGAAUGUGUCCGAUUCCCUUUGCUGUAACGGAGACGCUGUGCCGAUAACUCAUCCUACAAACGUGGUUAUGAAUUUGACGACGUUUGCAUGAUUCAGAUGUAAACCAAACCAGUAAGCUUAGAUUACAAACAAUACGAGCAACGUUUUCUUAAUCUGUACAAUUAUUCAUUGUUAUUACUUAUACAGCACUUCACGUUUUCAGAGUAGUUUUUUGGAUACACUUUUGUUAGGUCAACCUGUUGGUUAUAGCAACACUCCAGCGGAAUCGCUGCCAUGUGAAGCUCUUUGUCGUUGUUUUUUAUAUCGUGGGCAAAUGGUGUUUCAUAAUGAGAUAAGUCUGCCUUUCUUUAGCUCAGUGGAGGAUGUCGAUUGCCUUUUUUACACAUUGGAAAUGUAAAGUAGGAGUUUAUAUUUGUGAUCAUUUAUUUUUGUGACUCUAAAUCCUGUAAUGUCAUCGGUUCUUGCCACAAGCAGCUGACCAAUCAGACAGCUUAUUUCUUCACACAAUUGUAAUCUGAUUGGUGCAUCGGCCUGUCUGUCAUUGCCUGGAGUAUCACGGGGUUCAGUAUAUUAAAAGUGCUUAUCCAUUAAAGUGUGUUUCACCGCAUACACCUGUGAUGCUCUUGUGGCUACGCAAAACUUCAGGGUUGUGAUAGAGAAACAAAAUAAAUAUGCUCUGCUUUUUGUAAAUAUGACUUUUGUGUCAGUCCGUUGCAUUUAGCAAAUGUACUGAAUAUGUUUAAUCGUUCGUUAUUGAGCAGGUUUGGGAUCUUUCCUCUGUGCGGGUGACUUUUCUGUAUUAUGACAGAAGGGUCAUAGUGAGUGACUCCUUUAUUUAUUUGUCCUUGAAAAUAUGUUAUACAGAAUAAAAGUUUUGUGACUCCUGA